AUGACUGCGGCCAUCACGCCUGAAAUAUUUUGUUUAAAUGAAAAUUAUUUCUUCCGGGCGUGAAAAAUUUUUUUUGACCGAUUGGUAGGCGCUGACUAAAGUUGCUUUUUGUUGUUUGUUAUCUCAACGCCAAAAGCCGUAGCGCGAGAGAGUUUGCUAACCCAAAAAGUCGCGUGAUUCCCCGUGCAAGCUAUAGUUUGCAAAACAAGCCCUUAACGAAAUCAUAUUAGCACUUUGCUUUCUCGUUGAUUUUGCUUAAAGUUCGACGUUUUAAAACGACUUCACUGUUAGUGCAGUCACCGUUAUUUUCAUGUACCUUUCCAUAUAAUGCAUUCAACUGAAGAUGAAACAAUCUACUUUGCUUAUUUGCAUUCAGAACGUCACUAACGGCACAUGAAAAGAACGGCGUGUAAAUAAUGCCUAUGAUGCGAGAAACGUGCCUUUUCAUAGUUAUCAUGCGUGACAAAGAAAUGCUUCGAUGCGCGUCAGACACUAGGAAAGUUUGUAUAAAUCAGAUCAGGGAACCUCGCGCGCUAAUUGGUUAACUAACAGGGAUUCUCGCUUGCCAAUUGGCUAACUUUCUUAAUCUUUGUCUCGUGGUAAUAGUAGCGGGGCCAAUAUAACCAAUAACAUGAAGCAAAGCACGAUCUCAGAGUGAACGUAUAGUGGAGGUAACAGAAAAGCAAAACGUUUGAUAAAAAUGCAGUUCAAAACGCAACCGAUUCGUUGGUGGUGUGUUGCUCAAGUUGUUAUCGGUACGCUGAUAUUUUUAGUCAGCCUUUUCGCGUUACCGGUUUUCGAGGAGGAUUGGUACGGUCGAUAUGGCGUCUUUGGUUUUAGUGUCUGGGUCGGAGCUUGGGCAAUAAUCACGGGUGCGUUGGGGGUUGUUGGAACUAUAAUUGACAACGCUGCGAAAACGAGCUGGAUUGGUGCUAUGUUCGGCUUUUCGCUGGUCACGUGUCUCCUCAUCUGGCCAAUGAUUAUCUUGCAUGCGAGGGCUCGGGUAGUAAACAUUUUCUUGGUCGUUCUGUGUCUUAUCGAGUUUGUUGUGGCAUCAGCGACAUCAAUCACAGGCUACAAGGCAUAUGCAAUGUUCCUGAAGGAACCAUCACCAACCCAAGAACUGCCUAAACAGAUCGGACAGACUAGACAACCAAUAGUCGUUGGUGUAUGGGUCUGAGAGAAGAGUGAAUGAAGCCGGUCCAUUACAACAAAUCUAUCCCUUGCUUCUAGGAACCCAGCCGAGAUCUAUCCGCUGUUUAGGGAAGGACGUUGUAAUAUUUUGGUAUGUAAUGCAUAAGAAUGCAUGUUAUUUUCACUCAAGGGCUCUUGAAUUAUGCAUGAACUAGCUUCCACUAGUAUUAAGCUGGUGCGCAUGGCACAACAGAGCACCAACCUCAAAAUCAAGCGCUGUCAAUUUUGGUCACUGCCAGAGGGUUUAUUCCGUUGCUAGUGAGCCGUUUUACGUCCCUUCGGUUCAGGUUUGUGCAGCGCGGCUUGUAAAGACAGGACCCAGAGUCCUUAAAUGAGAAGACUGGAAACACAGGAGGAAUAACUUCAACUCACUGGAUUGAACUUGGAAACACAGGAGGAAUAACUUCAACUCACUGGAUUGAACUUGGAAAAUUCCCUCUCAAGGGAUAGGAUUCGAACUUGGGCAAAUGCGUUUAAAUGGCCACAAACACGAGUGCUUAAAGUCAUAUGUUAGAGUUGAAUUUGAGAAACAAUUUGCAUACCCAAUUAAGAGGUUACAGAUUAGAUAAGAUUGCAGAAAAUAAAGAGAACAAACUUUUAAAACCUUAGAUUGGUUAUGCUUUUUAUGAUGAAAUUAAUAUAAAUAGAUUGUACCUAGUUUUGAAAUGUUUAUCGAAUCAGUGCCCCGAUUAUCUGGCUCAUAUUUUGACAAGAAAACGUGACAUUUGAGAGAUUACCAGAUAUAGUCACUUACACUUUUAUUUUCGAAAUACAAAUAAUUUAUUGAACUUUUUAUUUUUAUUCAAGUGUAAUUAUAGUUUAAGGAGAGGCACAUAGUUUAUCAAAGCUCAUGUAAGUUUACCCUAAUUGAAUAAAGUUACUAUUUAAUUA